GGCCCGAGGCGGGGGCCGCGGGCGGCCCGGGGCUGGGGAGGCCGCCGCCGCCUCCCUGGGCCUGCCGGGGCGGCCGCCUCCGCGAUGCCGCUGCUCGUCGAGGGGCGGCGAGUGCGGCUGCCGCAGUCCGCGGGGGACCUCGUGCGCGCCCACCCGCCUCUGGAGGAAAGAGCCAGACUUCUGAGAGGUCAGUCUGUUCAGCAAGUGGGACCCCAGGGCCUCCUGUAUGUUCAGCAGAGAGAGCUUGCGGCGGCCUCCCCGCAGGAUGGCUCCAUCUCCAUUCUGGGUUCGGAUGACGCCACCACUUGUCACAUUGUGGUCCUGAGGCACACAGGUAACGGGGCCACCUGCCUGACCCACUGUGACGGCAGCGACACCAAAGCAGAGGUCCCCCUCAUCAUGAGCUCCAUCAAAUCCUUCUCGGACCAUGCUCCGUGUGGAAGGCUCGAAGUGCACCUCGUGGGAGGCUUCAGCGACGACAGGCAGCUGUCACAGAAACUUACUCAUCAACUCCUUAGUGAGUUUGACAGACAAGAAGAAGACAUUCACUUAGUGACACUGUGUGUGACAGAAUUAAAUGACCGGGAAGAAAAUGAAAAGCACUUUCCAAUCAUCUACGGCAUCGCGGUCAACAUUAAAACUGCCGAGAUUUACAGAGCCUCCUUCCCGGACCGAGGCCCCGAGGAGGAGCUGCGUGCCGCCCGAGCGCUGACGGGAGGCCCGAUGGUUAGUAUUUACGACGCGAGGACGGAACAGCUGCGCCUAGGACCGUACUCCUGGACGCCGUUCCCACACGUGGACUUCUGGCUGCGCCAGGACGACCAGCAGAUACUGGAGAACCUCUCCACCUCACCUCUGGCCGAGCCGCCCCACUUUGUUGAACAUAUUCGAUCUACCUUGAUGUUUUUAAAAAAACACCCAUCUCCUACCAGCGCGCUCUUCCCCGGGAACAAGGCCCUACUCUACAGAAAAAAUGAAGCUGGCUUGUGGGAAAAGAUCUCUUCCCCAGGAAGCUAACGGCGGGCGUCACCAAAGAGAGCACCUUGCUGGCCUGCCAGACACCGCCGAGGGGCCCGGAGAGACCGUGAAUCCAAAUCUGCAUCCGCAGAAUCUUCGGUCUCCCUCCUUACCGUCCUCCACAUGACUUUAAAAAUAAAAUCUUAUUUUGGCGAA